AUGGAGGUCAGAUCUUUUACUAGAUUUACCAUUUUCCUUCUACUUGCUCUCUCAGUCAAGAGUGCAGUCAUUGGAAUAGAUUUUGGUUCAGAGUUCUAUAAAACUGUUGUCGUGAGGCCAGGAGCUCCAUUCAACAUUGUGGAAAACACUGGUUCAGAUAGAAAAACCGAGAAUGCGAUUACUUUGACUGAUGAAGAGAGAUUGUAUGAAAAGAGGGCUGUUAAGAAAUCAGUUAGCUACCCCCAAACAGCAUUGAUUAAUUCUUUGAACCUCUUAGGAUUGGAAUAUUCAGAUGAAAACAUUAGAAUGCUUAAAGAAGAUUAUUUAUACACAAAUGAAUUCACCGAAGACUCUCGUGGGCUAAUAGGAUACAAUAUUAAUAUUCCAGAAGUUGAUGAAUUAACCAAUAUUGAUAUGUUCAUUGAGGAAGCUUUGACCAUGACUCUUCAGCAUGCUAGAAAAUUAUCAAACAAAGCUGCCAACGGGGUUGUGAAUGACAUUACUAUCACUGUUCCAUCUUAUUUCACCAUAAAUCAGAGGACAAUGGUGAAGGAUGCAGCAGAAUUAGCAGGGUUCAAUGUUCUUACUUUAUUGAAUGAGAACACAGCUGCAGCCCUGAUGUAUGGAAUAGAUACACCAAAUCUUGAAUUACCAAAGAAAGUUCUUUUUGUCAAUAUGGGGUCUAAAGAUCUGGAACUUUCUAUUGUCAAAUAUUACAAUCACACAACAAAGAACGUGCUGAGCACCCAUGUAAUUGAAGAAGCAGCAAAUCCAAAUGUUGGAGGUCAUCUUUUUGAUACUCAAUUAGUGAGGAUUUUAGCUGAGAGAUUUGAUAAUCUUCCUGAAAGACAAGGCAAAAACAGUAUUAUGGAGAAUCCUAAAAUAAUCAAAAGGCUAAUGAGAGAAGUGGUUAAGGUCAAAGAAAUUCUGUCUUCAAAUAAAGAAGCUCAAAUUAAACUUAUUGAAAUUGCUGACAAUUUGAAUUUGGAAUUCACUCUGCACAGAUCUGAGUUUGAGGAGAGAAUAAUGCCCAUAAUAGAGAAAAGCAGACAAACAUUCUUGAAAGUUCUCGAAAACCAUCCAGUUGACACAAUUGAUGAUGUUGAGAUUUUAGGAGGGGGUCUUAGAGUUCCCAAAGUAAAAGAAUUCAUUACUGAGAUGCUGGGAGGAAAGUUAUUGGGUACUCAUUUGAAUCCAGAUGAAGCUAUGGCAUUUGGAAGUGCAUACAUUGCUGCCAACUCCUCUUCUAACUACCAAGUGAAGAAAGUAUACCUGUAUCAGUCAGUUCCUGACACUGUGUAUGCAAACAUUACUCAAAUGGGAGGAUGUAAAAGCGAGCAUGAAGAAGAUUGCUUCUUUAAGCACUUGAAGUUGUAUGCUAAAGAAAAGAAUGUUCUAGGCCAGAGGAAGACUAUUAACAUCGAGCACCAUAUUGAAAACAUGAAUGUAGUGCUGUACACAGUCGAUUCAGAUGGAGCAGAGAAUAUUAUUUCAAAGACUAAAAUUAGAGGAGUUGACAAGAUUCAAAUCUUCAAGAAAGAUAUAUCACUGAAGGAAAAGUAUAAGCUAGUGAUUGCUUUUAAGUAUGACAAGAGUGGCAUUCUCACUAUAAAGCAUGCCAGUGUUGUAUCAGACACCAAGGAUUCACAUUUUCUCAAUCUUAUUGAAAAUUUAGCAGGUCCAUCCCCUCUUAAUGCAGCUCAGAAGAAGAAGAUUAAGAAAAGAUUAAGAGAGGCAGAUUUGAGGGACAAGAAGCUUGAGAAGCUGAAGAUUAUUAAAAAUGAAUUUGAAAGUUUGAUUUAUAGUUCUAAAGAAUAUCUCCAGGAUGAGGAUAUCCAGCCAUAUCUGAAGAAUGAAGAUGAAAAAAUUAAAUUACUUCUGUAUCUUGAUGAAGAGCAGCAAUGGCUUGAGACUACUGGCCUUACUGCUGAUUAUGAUAACUUAAAGAAUAAGGUCAGAUAUCUUGAGAAGAAAAUCAAUCCUAUAAAGAAGAGAAAAUCGCAAAGAGAGCAGCUGGCCGACCUUAUUGAAAAAUAUCAAACUAAAUUAGACAAAGCUGAGAAAAGCUUCGAAAGAUAUACAAGAAUUAGGAAGAAAUGGCUUCCUGAGGACGACUUAGAAGAGUUCAAAGUACUUCUUACUCAGGCUAGAGAGUAUUUCAUUUCAAUCAGUGAGUUUGACAACUAUCCAAAGAAUCAGAAACUGCCUUUUAAGAAAUCAGACCUUGAUGAAGAACUGAAAAAGGUGACAAGGUCACUGAAAUCUAUUAAGAAGAUAAAGAAGGCUAAAGCAGAAGCUGAUGUUGAGUCCCACGGUGAGUUGUCCAACCCUGUGGAGGAUGUCAUCCCACCAGGAGUUACUGAUAAUAUAGGAAUUGAAGAUAUUCCAAACGAUAAUUUUGAGGGUCUUCAAACUGAAGAUAUUGCCAAUGACCAGAUUAAGGUCGAAAAUAUAGGUGAAGAUGGAGUACCCCAAUUUAGUGAAGAACAGAGGGCAAAAAUGAAAGAGCAGGUCUCUCAAAUGAGAAAAAAAGAACAACUUAAAUACGAUGUGAUUUCUGGAAAAAUUGACCCAGAAACCUUGAGUGCUGAAGAAAGAGAAGAAAUUGGUCUUUAAGAAAU